CGCUCACACUCUGGCUGCCCUGCAGGAGUUCUACAACGAGACCAGAACCGGUCCUGAUCCGGACGGGACGCCGUCUGACCCGUUCGCCGUGGGAGCCGUGGAGGAGGACUGGGUGAGGCCACUGGAUAUGUGCACACCCAGGUACCUGUAGCUGGAGAUCACCUCCACAGCUGCUACUCCGAUGUACAGAGGCUGAAGGGCUGAAGGUUUUCUAAUAUCUGAAAGGUGGAAAAUGUUUGAAAUGUUUUUCUACAUCGGAAAAUACUGACGUUUUUAUGACUGACCUUUAAGGUCACACUAAGUAGAAAAUAGAUAAAAGAAUAAAAUUAAAAGAAUAAAAAAAAAUGAUAAUAACGUUACAAGAAUAAACUUGUUUGAGAUUAAAUUAGUAACAUUGCACGAAUACAAUUGUAAUAUUCCGAGAAUAAAAUCGUACAAGAGUAAAGACAUUAUAUUAUGGGACUAAAGUAAAAUGAAUAUGAAAAGAAAGUCAGUAUUUUGAGAAUAAAGACAAAUUACAAGAAUAAACUUGUCAUAUUAUAACUUUAUUCUCAUAAUUUUAUUUCUUCAAUUUUCUUACCGUGGCUCUAAUACUCUGUCGUACAUUUUAAAGAUGUGUAAACUCUUUAUGUCUUCUGAAUCUCAUGUUGGGAUUUUCCGGGCAAAAUGGUGGAGGGAAGAAAUGAGAAAAGUAGAGUAAAACACAUCAUAUAUGGAGAUCAUUUUAACCUGCGUUGACACCGGUUUACUUGUCUGGUCCUGUGUUCGCCAGCGGAUGAGUCAGUUCUGGUACAGUGACGAGACGGCAGCGGUGCUGGCGGAGGAAGCGGUACGGCAAGCCGGAGAGGGAGGCAGGAUAGCGUGUGUGAGCUCGCCCAGCGUCUACCAGAAGCUGAAGCAGGGCAUGGUGGACGGCUCCGGCAAGGUGUCGGCCGUCGUGCUGGAGUACGACCGCCGCUUCGCCGCCUACGCCGACGACUUCAUCUUCUACGACUACAACGAGCCGCUGUCCCUCCCCUCCGGCGUGGCGCCGCGGAGCUUCGACAUCGUCCUCGCCGACCCGCCUUACUUAUCCGAGGAGUGUCUGAGCAAAGUGGCCCAAACCGUCCAGUACCUGAGCAAAGGCAAAGUGCUGCUGUGCACAGGAGCCACCAUGGAGAAUGUUGCCAAAGAACUGCUGGGGGUAAAAAUGUGCAGCUUUUUGCCCAAACACAACAGGAACUUGUCCAACGAGUUCCGAUGUUUCGUCAACUAUCCUUCGGACCUGUUGUGAGGCCGAGGAAGCGGGAACCUUGGACACCCGCUGUUUCCAGGAGGAAGAGCUUAAAUACGGCAUUCAGGACAGCAGGGAGAAAGAAAAAGUGGACAAUUUAAUUUGCUGCAAAAUCAUUUAACAGAAUCAUAAUCUGCUACUGUCAUUAGACUAGACAUUACUGAGUUGUUUUUUUUUUUAAAUAUUAGUAUUGUUUUAGCAAAACCCGUGAAGUGUUUUCAACUUUUAUUAUGCAUUUUUCAUUCAUUACAUCAAAGCGAGUGGGCCUUUUCCUGCUCUCGUGUCUCAGUGGAUCUACCUCAGAAAGGGAAAUCAGAAAUUUGCACAUUCAACACAUUUCUGUUCUCCAUUAAACUGAUUGCUGAAAAGUUGCAACUCAUGCCUGAAUCACGUGACCGAGCCCGAGCUCUAGUAGCUUUUCAUUUGAGUUGUCUCACAAAUAUCAGAAAUAAACAUUUCCAAUAGUCAACACUUUAUAUCUGAUAGUAUAAAAACAAUAGUUCAGUUGAAAUAAAAAAUUUUUUCCCCCAUUACGCACUAAUUCAGCAUUGAUACCAAUAAGUUUUGUGUGAGUAAAUAUGAAUUUAAAACAUAACUGGAUGUUUCUGUGUGUUUGAGUUGAGGAAUGAACUGCUCUAAACAAAUGUGGGGUGAAGGAAGAAAGUGAUUCUGUUCAAAAAUGCUCACAAACGAUUUUAGUAUCUCUCUUUUUUUUUUUAAAUUAUAUUUUAAUAAUUCCUUUUUUUAUUAUUUAGGAAAAAGCAAGACAGCUAAGCUGAUUUAGUAAUAGUAAUUUAAGUUACACAAUAUUAUGCACAAGCCUAUUUUUUAGCAUAUACAAUUGUUUUAAAGUUUAAAUUGUUU